UGCAUAAUAUCAUCAACCUAAACACACAACAUAAGAUUGAAACACAAAGAGGCGAAUUCAAUGGAAAUUCUAUUAAAUUGUAUUUUUAAUAUUCAGGAGUAAUAAUUUACAGUGUCUCAAUAACAAGAAAUAAGAUUGUAACUCUCAAUAAACAGGGGAUCACCUAAACCCCAAAAAACAGAAAAAAAACAAAAAGUGUCAAUCUGAAUGAGAGUAAUGAUCAUAAUAGUUAUCAUCAAACGAUGAAAUAGAUCGAUCAUCAUCAUCAUCAUCAGAAUAAUAAUCACGAUGAUUAUAAAGAUUAUUAUGAUCAAAAGCAAGUCGAUCAUCAUCAUCAGCAUCCGAAGAAGAAGAAGCAGAUAAAGUUUCGUAGGUGUAGGAGUAGAAAGAAUCAGAAGAAGGUAAACACAUGAAAGUCCAUAAACAGAGAACGAAACGACUCAAUUGAUGCAUCGGGAAGCAAACAGCUAUGUCAAGAAGCUGCUCUGUGUUGAUCCUCUGCGACGAUGGAACCCUCCAAAUCAAUUGCCACGUGUCGGUGGAGACUUCAGCCACCGCCAUAACCGUCGCACUGUUGAACACCAUUACCAAGAAUCUCUCUCUCUCUCUCUCUCUCAAGCUGCGUUGAAUUGGCGAUGGCUUUUUUUUUGGUUGGUUACGAUUUUGACUUUCUUCUCGGAACCGUUUCGUGACUUUGUUGUUGUUGUUUUUUCUGCAAGUUGACCGUUUUUUUUUUUUGUACAACAACCAACUAGGAUCAGAAAUAUAUGUUUUGUUUACUCAAUUUGGACCCCAAAGUUACGAUCGUUUUAAGGGAAUCAUUCGAAAGUUGGAACCUUAGAGCUUAAAAAAACAAAACCCAGUUUUGAUUUUACAAUUUAAAGCCCAAAGUUAAAACCUUUAGACAAGAACUAGAUAGUGGUUUUGUAAGUUUAAGGUUUGUGUCCUAUAUCUUAUAGGCCCAAACCAUUACUUGUGACUACAGAGAGAUGGAGCCACUGAAAUAGCAAACGGUCAUUUGAAGAUAAGGCCAUGUUUUGUGAGUGUUGUCUUCUUCUUCUUUCUCUAUGGCUAAAGUCUGAAACGUUUUCAGAGCCGUAACAAUGGCUUUGCUUCAUUCCGUGAAUGUUUCACGUAGCACUUUUCCUUUGAGUAGAUCUUCAAAGAUUGUUUUGAGCUCAUCUUUUGCUUCUUUGCCACUUCAGUUUCAUAGAAACUUCAAGAGAUUAGAAUCCUCUGUUCCACCAUCAGCUUCUGCAGCAGCUUCACCGGCAUUUCCUAUCGACGUUGAGUAUCUCCGGCAAGAGUUCUCCGGCCAUGGAGCCACUUUCGAAGAUAUAGGUGAGACAUGUAUUGCUAAACUAAAACUGGACAAUGGGAGUUCAGCGAAUGUGAUGUUGACACGUGGGAUGAUAACCUCCUACAAAGUCAGAGUGUGGCACGGAGGCAAAGUGGAGCUUCUUCACACAUGGGUCGAACAAGAGGAGGAAGAAGAAGAUGUAGUGAUACGAGGAGGUGUUUCAACUGCAUUUAAUUCAUCAGAUUCUGAUGAUAUUAAUGAAUGGAGACUCCAUGGGAUCAGUGGAGAUUCAAAGGAUUGUGUUCAAAUGGAGCUAAGAAGAAGUGACAAGAAGAUCAAAGAGAUUGAAUUAAAACAGAUUAUAAGUCUGAGAGAAGAAACACUGAGCAUUGAGCUUUUUGUGACAAACAAAGGCAUUUCACCAAUUAGACUUGAGGGUUGUUCACUUGUAAGUUAUUUGACAGUGAGUACACCAGAAGCUACAUAUGCAGUUGGGCUAGAAGGUUCAGAUUUUGUGGAAACGACACCGUUUCUUCCUCGUUUCAGAGUAGUUCAAGGAGAGGAUGAAGAAGAAAAAACAACCGGGUUUGGUGGGGAAGAAGAGAGCAACUACAAACAGUUGAACGAAGAGAUGAGUAGGAUUUACACAUUUGCUCCAAAGAGCUUCACUGUCAUUGAUAGGGGACGAAGGAACUCGGUGAUAGUGGGAAGAGAAGGGUUUGAAGAAGUGUACAUGUACAGUCCUGGUUCAAGACUUGAAAGUUACACAAAGUCUGCUUAUGUAUGUAUUGGACCAUCUUCGUUGCUAAAUCCAAUCUCUUUGGAACCUGCUUGUGUAUGGAGAGGUGUGCUGCAUCUACAUAAUCCUAAUUCAUAAGUUUUUUUUUUUCUUUCUAUAAUAAUAUAUUGAUUUACUGAAAGUCAUCAACACAACUCUUUUCCAACGAUAAAUUCAUAAACAACAACAAUUGCACCUCGUA